CCUGUCCCGGCUCCGCCGGCGAUUGAGCGGCCUGAGCUGGCGGCGGGGCCCGCAGCCUCUCGGUCCCCACCAUGGGGCUGCUGUCGGACCCCCACUGCCGGCGGGCGCUUUCCCGCCUCGUCCUGCGCCUCAACACCCCGCUCUGCAUCCUGAGCUACGUGGUGGGGCUGGGCUGGUUCCUGGCCUUGGCCUUCCAGCCCCUGGCCCCCCGCACCUACAUGUCGGAGAACGCCAUGGGCUCCACCAUGGUGGAGGAGCAGUUCCUCUUCGGAGAGCGGGCUCUUUCCUAUGCCCGCGAGUUCGCCGGGCACAAGAAGAAAGUGGGGGGUAUGCCAGUGGCCUGGCUGGAGAAGACAAUGUGGAGCCUGGGGCUGGAGGUGCACCGGCAGCCCUUCGCCCGCACCCUGCCUUUCCCUGACGAGACCCGCGAGCGAUACAUGGUGAGGGGCACCAACGUGUACGGCAUCCUGCGGGCGCCGCGGGCGGCCAGCACGGAGGCGCUGGUGCUGAGCGUGCCCUGCAGCGAGGGGCCCCAGAACAGCCAGGCCCUGGGGCUGAUGCUGGCCCUGGCCGCGCAUUUCCGCAGCCAGAUCUACUGGGCAAAGGACAUCAUCUUCCUGGUAAAUGAGCACGACCUGCUGGGCAUGGAGGCCUGGUUGGAGGCCUACCAUGAUGUCAACCUGACAGAGGUGCAGUCCUCGGGCUUGCUGGGCCGGGCGGGCGCCAUCCAGGCGGCCAUUUCCCUGGAGCUGAGCAGCGACGUGGUCACCAGCAUCGACGUGGCCGUGGAGGGGCUGAACGGGCAGCUGCCCAACCUCGACCUCCUCAACCUCUUCCAUGCCUUCUGCCAGAAGAAUGGGCUGCUCUGCACUAUCCAGGGCAAGCUCCCACGCCCCGAGGGGGACUCUCUGCCUGCCUACACCCACAGCCUGCAGACACUGCUGCUGAUGGUGCUGGCCCAGGCCUCAGGCUGGCCCCGUGGCGACCACGGGCUCUUCCUGCGCUACCGCAUCGAGGCCAUCACGCUGCGCGGCAUCAACAGCUUCCGGCAGUACAAGUACGACAUGACCACCCUGGGCAAGACGCUGGAGGGGAUGUUCCGCAAGCUCAACAACCUCCUGGAGCGGCUGCACCAGUCCUAUUUCUUCUACCUCCUGCCCUCCCUCUCCCGCUUCGUCUCCAUUGGCCUCUACAUGCCAGCCUUUGGUUUCCUCAUCCUCGUCCUCAUCCUCAAGGCCCUGGACCUCUGGAUGAAGCUGAGCAAGUGCGAGACAGGCAACUCUGAACGGCUUUGGGACGGCGACCGUAGCGCCGGCGAGGUGGGACCCUUCCCCUGCCCUUCCCCUCCCUGCGCACCCCCCGCGGGUCCCCCGCUCACCCCGGUGUCCCCGCAGGAGCCCCGUCCCGGCCUGCUGGCGCUGGUGCCGCCGCUGGUGGUGUGCCACGCCGCCGGCCUGGCGCUCUACUACCUGCCGGUGCUGGGCCAGCACGUGGCCACCCAGCACUUCCCCGUGUCCGAGUCGGAAGCCGUGGUCCUCACCGUCAUUGCCAUCUACUUGGCCGGCAUGGCCCUGCCCCACAACACCCACAGGGCGCUGGCGGGCGGCAGCAGCGACCGGGGCUGGAUGACGCUGAAGCUGCUGGCCCUGCUCUACCUGGCGCUGCUGCUGGGCUGUCUCGCCCUUCUCAACUUCUCCCUCGGCUUCCUCCUUGCUGCCACCAUGGUGCCAGCCGCUGCUGCCGUCACCCCCAACGGCCCCAAGGUGCUGCUGGCGGCGCUGCUGGUGGUGGCCACGCCGGCGGUGACGCUGCUGCUGGCCAUCUUCCUGCAGCGGGAGCUGCUGGAGGCGCCGGCGGGCGUGGGCGAGGGCUGGCAGCUCUUCCUGGCGGCGCUGGCUGAGGGGCUGCUCCAGCACCACCUCUACGGCUCCUUCCUCUUCCCCUUCCUCGCCCUCGGCGCCCACCCCUGCUGGCUGCUGCUCUGGAACGUGCUCUGCUGGAAGUGAGGGGCUGGACCCACGGACGGACCCAUGGCCAGACCCACGGACCGACACACAGACAGACCGCAGAGGGACACACAGAUGCACGGACAGACCCGGGGAUGGACACAAGGACAGACCCGUUCACAGACCCCGGUUCACAGACUCAUGCCUGGACAGGGAGCCCAGGGGCACGCAGAGGAGCUGCCCCCGCUCCCCUCCCACCAAGACAGGGCCCCGGGCCCAGCUGAGCCCACCUGGGUGGCAGCAGAUCCUGCCCUAGCAGGGGGAGCUGCCAGGGGGGACCCCACGGUCAGGGCUGCAGCCCCGGGGUGCGCGGGGGGCUCCCGGCACCGUCUGUGCGGGGGGCUGGGGUGGGCGCCUCCCGGGCAGGCGGCCGGUUACCGGGAUCCCGGCAGUGUCUGCAGGAAGGGGGGUCAGUCCCCGGGCUGCGCUGGGAGGGUCUCGGGUCGAUCGCGGGGGUCUCGGCACGGUGUGUAUGGGCGGCAAUAAAGGCGGA